GUGACGCGUCUUUGGUGCUGGACAUGUCCUCGCCAAACUCCAAACUACUCCGCUUUUCCACGAGUCUGUUGUUGGUGAAACGCGACUGAUAGAGACAGAGGCGCACACGUUUUUUGUUUUUUUCCCCACCCGCUUGUUAUUUACUAAGCGUCACUUUUACUAUUUUGACUAGUCUGUGUUUGGUGCACACUUUAACGCGCUCUCUACCAAGGAAUGCUUGAGACUCCUACUUAUAGCUGAUAAAACGGGCAAAGACUGUAGCUUCAAAGCAAGAUGGAUGUGUUAGAUCUGAGGCGAUUGUCUGCUAACAGUUGUAGUUUUCCCAUCGACGAAAGCGACCCAAAAACCGCGAGCCAGCUGUCCAUCACGAAGCGCCAGGCUGUGAAGAGACACCACCAUAAACACAACCUGAAACACAGGUACGAGUUUAUGGAGACGCUUGGAAAAGGCACCUACGGCAAAGUGAAGAAGGCAAAGGAGCGAUCGGGCAGAACGGUUGCCAUAAAAUCCAUCAGAAAAGACAAAAUCAAAGAUGAGCAAGAUCUUGUCCACAUCCGCAGAGAAAUUGAGAUCAUGUCAUCUCUGUGUCAUCCCCAUAUUAUCACCAUUUAUGAAGUCUUUGAAAACAAAGAUAAAAUUGUGAUUGUGAUGGAGUAUGCCAGUCGAGGAGAUCUCUACGAUUACAUCUGUGACAAAAGAAACAUCUCGGAGCGUGAGGCGAGACACUUUUUUAGGCAAAUAGUGUCAGCUGUCCACUACUGUCAUCAGAAUGGGAUUGUUCACCGGGACCUGAAGCUAGAGAAUAUUUUACUAGACGGAACUGGUAAUGUCAAGAUUGCAGAUUUUGGCCUGUCAAACCUGUUCAGCUGUGAUGAGUACCUCCAGACGUUCUGUGGGAGCCCUCUCUAUGCUUCUCCUGAGAUUGUGAAUGGACGUCCCUACAGAGGUCCUGAGGUGGACACCUGGUCUCUGGGAGUGCUGUUGUACACACUGGUCCAUGGCUCAAUGCCAUUUGAUGGAUACAAUCAUAAAGCACUGGUUCAACAAAUCAGCUCUGGAAACUAUCAAAACCCAAAGAAACCAUCUGAUGCAUGUGGUCUGAUUCGCUGGAUGUUGAUGGUAAAUCCUGAGCGCAGAGCAACUAUAGAGGAGAUUGCAGGGCACUGGUGGCUGAACUGGGGCUACCAGCAGCCAUUACUGUCCGAGACAAAGCCCAGCCCAGUGGAGCAGACCCCAGGAUCUCCUACCAAAGCACACACCAACAGUUUGGCUAGUGUUGCCAACUGGCUCAGGCGAACUUCCAGACCACUCCUGGAGAAUGGGUCAAAGGUCAGAUGUCUGCUGCGCUCACAGGGAGGAGGCGAUGUGAUAAGGCAACGCUCCAUAAGGAGGUCACGCAAAGAAAACAAUGUGUCCCAGGGCGUUCAUGAAGGAAGCUCUGACAGUCGUCCCUUUAAGAGCAUCCUGAAGAGCAGGAACAGUGUUAAGCAGAAAAGUGUGAGUGAGACUCCCAUGGUGGUGCCUGUGGAGCCUCAAACAGUGUUGAGUUUAGCUGCAAAUGACAUUCCCUCAGCUGCUCCUCGUAAAGGUAUUCUAAAGAAGCCUGCAGAACAGGAGUCCGGGUACUACUCUUCCUCACCCGAAAAUAGUGACUCUGGCUGGGUGCCCCCGACUCAGGACUGCCCCUCUGAGCCCACUCACAGAAAAGGCAUCCUAAAGCGUAAUGGGAAGUACUCCUGUGGGGGGCUGUCGGAGUUUGGCUCACUGGACCAGUUAGCGGCAUCUCUUCCUCAAGGGGUGUCCCGCCUCAGACGCAGUGGGGCCAUCAGCGAAGACAGUAUUUUGUCUUCAGAGUCCUUCGAUCAGUUGGACCUGCCAGACCGCGUGGGCCCCUCAGCACCUCUGGACAAACCAGUGAAGAGCAGUAUGAGAGGCUGUGUGUCUGCAGACAACCUGCUGGACAUCCAUGAGCGCAGGGUGGUGACUGAGGGGUUGCAGCGGCCCUGGACCUGCUACGAGGCCGGAGUGGGCAACAGCGCCUUCUCCAUCACAGACUGUGACAAUGUGACUGAGGCCUACAAACAGGCCAUGGUGCUGCACAGCAAAGCCACAGGUCAGUGACCAAACUGUAAGAUGGAGGACACCCUGUAACAUGGAAGACACUGAAGCCAAUGUGCAUUUCACCAAAUGGACAUGGUCUCAGUAACUGCACAGAACCAAAAUGUGGGCAGAAGUCUAAUUAAAUAAUGUACUGGUAAUGCUGGAUAUUUAAAAGGCACACAUUUAAAGGAUGAUAAAUGUUGUAGAUUUUGUAUCAAUUAAAUCAAAAUGAUGAGGCUUCUAUGUGUCUGUUAAAACCCUUUUUUCAGGGCUAGACAUCAAAUGUAUUAUUAAGCAAUUAUUCCAAAAUGUACAUAUUUUAAAAAUUGUCCCAUUAGUUUUUGUUCCUAAACUGUAUAAAUUGUUUGUCUAUUGAAGCAGUGGAAAAAGGAAGUGGCUGUAGCUUUGGAUGCUACCUUUAAUACUUGUAUCAUGUUAAGAGGUGUAUUUGGUGCCAUCCAAAGAGCAUUUUGCUAAGGUUUUUAUAAAUUAAAGGAGCUGUUUGUUACUUGAAUGAGGAUCUCUACAUGAAUUCAGGCUUGUUUUUCUGUGUUGACCUGACCUGACUUUAGGAGUGGCCCGUCUAACUAGUUUAUAAUAUAUGUUGAUGACACACAUUAAGUGCAGUUAAAUUAUUCAUGCGAGUAUAAAUACUCUUUAAUUGUACUAUAUUAGUGCCUUUGUUGACGUUUUUAUUAUGGCUCAAACAUAAUGACCAAAGCUGUGUUUCCCCACACGGUGAUUUCAAAUGGAGGAAAAACAAUGUGCCUUGAUUAAAAUAACCAAAUUCAUAUUUUUUGUCAGUUGCUAUUGUCAUCUUGAGCAAAAUGAAGAAAGAAAGUAGACACACUAAGUAGGUCAUUUAAAUCCUGCAAGUGUGCUUGUAGUAACUGUUCAUUUCUUCUAUUAUGUGCCAUUUUCUGCAUUAGUUUGAAAGUUUCUUUUUUAGAGAAAUGUAUGUAAUUGGAUUUUUUUUCUACAAUGAAGACAGUUUGUACAGUUAAAAGUAUUGAACCUGUGCCAAACGCUGUAUUUUUCAUUAAUGUCCAAUCCGCACUGCUCAGAUGAAAAUGAGAGAAUCAAUAAACACGUUGAAUAAGUUU